AUGUGUCCUCAAUGUAAUCAUCGUACCAUCACUCAUGACAACAUCAGGCCUGGAUAUGAAGACAGGAUCACUCUGGACAAAACCACUGGAUCUCUUGAACUCAGGGACCUGGCCCCGUUGACGGGUACAAAAUACAAAGUAAGCCUUUUCUUAAAGAAGGAUCACUGCUGAGUGGGGAAACAAGACUGGAUGUAUAUGGUAAGUACUACUGAUUUAGAUCUAGGAAAUGUAAGAAAUGGUUUUAAAAUAAAGUACACUUUCCCUCUGUGAUGAAAUCAGAAACAUCCAAGAAUCUGUAUAGAUUGUAUAUGUUCAGGCCAUGUGAGGGUGUAGCUGUUUGUCAUUUACAGUUUAAUGAGCUGCUGUUUCUCAAAUCCAGUCAGUUGUCUGGGCACAGUGCCAUUUCUCCACCUCAUUUGUUUCUAAUGAUCUCAUUCAUUUUAGUUAGUAGUGUAUGAUGAAACAAUGUGUUCAGAAAAGGUACAUUCUUCAGAAAUUGUUUUCUACGCAAAGAGAAGGUAGCUAUUAUGUUUUUAACCCACAGAGCGAGUCUGCAACGUGGUGAUAACUCCCUAUAACACAGAUUUAGUGGAGUUCAACAGCUCUGUCAGUUUGUCCUGCUCCUCCUCAGCCUCCUCCCUUUCUUACCGCUGGCUGAAUGGCAGCUCUGAGGUCACAGCCAGUGAUGGAGUUCAGCUUGUUGAUGGAAACUCUCACCAUAGUCAGUGUGACCUGGUAUGACCCGGGACCAUUCAGCUGUACCGUGUUCAACCCAAUGAUGUGUAUAAACCCUGGAUUAUUGAUGCCAUGUAAUGGCCAAUGAGAGGCUUUGAAUCCACCUGCCACCAUAUUGGAACUCCACAGAAGGAGUAAUCCUCCAUAGGAAUGAAUGGAAAUCUACAGUAUUUCAAUAAAAUGUUUCAAGGACAAAAUUACAUGUAUUUAAGUAUUUAUUUGUUGUAGUGGAGACAGUAACCUUAGUACUCUCCCAAAAAAAUCCUUUAAGUAAUAUGUUUUAUAUACUUUUUUGUUGUUGUUCAAUUCACAUAAUAUAAUUUAAAAGUAUGCAAUAAGGUGUCUGAAAUAGAAUAUACUUGUCAAAAAUGAAUGUAGACAAUAAUAAAUGGAUUUCUAUAGCUUCCAAAAUAUGUUUUACUAUGGAGGAGUACCAAAAUGCCUGCGCAAUGGUUUCAAAACAGCGGCCCCCUUGUCAGUCAUCUAGGAUUAAUACAUAUAAUUGGUUCGACCCCAUCAGUAAUGGAACCAGCCAGCCUCUAACUCUCACUAUCAGCUGUGAGUCCAUUUUCAUUAACAAACUGAAUGCAACUGUAUGUUUUAUCCAAUUACUGCUCAAGUUAUUCUACAGGCUCAUAUGACCUACACUUGUUGAACACUAUAGCUGGUUGAAUUUUGCCUCUUGGUCUUGACCAUGACAUUGAUUGGACAUUGAUGUUUUAUUGGUCUUACAAUGGUUUUCAAAUGUGUCGCAUAAGGUUCAGAAAACACCACAAUGAAGGUGACCCCUUUAGCUAACCCCUCUAGAUCCCUAUAGGGCGGCAGGUAGGCUAGUGGUUAAGAGCGUUGGGCCAAAAGGUCGAAAGGUCGCUGGUUUGAAUCUGUCGAUAAUUUAAAUGUAGAUGUACUGUAUGGAUCAGGGUCAGAACAAACAUGGUGGAUAAAUGAAGAUGUCUUACUCAGGCAGUUUACCAUUGGAAAAAAUGGUCAAGGUUCCUGUCUGUGUAGAUGGGCCCGUGUGGCGGGGGCAUAAGUAGACCAGAGUGGCCCCACCCUGACCUAAAACAAAUGAGGUAGUGGGGUGUCUCGCUUCGCUAAUGUCUCUGGUCAGAGCUCACCAUGUCCUGCUCAACAGAGUUCAGUCCUUCUGCCCAGCUCACCAUCAAUUUUGAUUAUUUAAUCAGCUGUGUACUGCUAGGGUAAAAACCAAAACGUGCACCAAGGGGUGCCCCAGGACUGAGUUUGUGAAACCCUGCAAUAAGGGAUCGCCAGUUUCUCAUGGUGUGAACAACAUAAUUGAAAAGCCUUUAAGAAAGAUGCAGACAUGCAUUUCCCACACACAUCUCUGAAUAACUCUCACACUAAUGUCAACCACCCCUGCAUAGAUAGGAAAAGGCCCCUAUAUGGCCGUUAGUGGCCAGUUACAGAGUGAAAGCCAAAACGUGUCAAAACUUCAGUAUCCAAAAACCACACACUAGUGUAAAAACCACACACUAGAGAUGACAAAUGCCCAACCUUUACUUUAGUUCAGUUUUUUAUUUAUCUAGAACCAGUAUGGUCAAACAUUUCUAUAUAUAUAAUAUAUGUUUCAUUUAGUUUGGUCUUCCACACCACCUCCAGCAAUCAAGUUAAAUCCAUCAUCAACACAUAGAACACCUGCAUGAUAACACCCAGUGUGGAUCUGUAAUAUAAUGCACAUAAUCAAUAAAUAUAUCUUAUGUUUGAUAAUCUGCUUUAUUGUGUACUUUAUUCAUAUUGAAAACCAAAACCUUGUUAAUGAAAGUAGAUAACAACGAUACCGUAACUGAUCAAAGCAUGUGGAGGAUGUAAUGUUAACAAUAAAAUGUAAAUAGUCAAUACAAGUAUUGAUGUGUAUUCUUUAAUGAUUUAGGAUAUAGAACUGGGUUAAUCACGAACAUUGAGUUAGAAUUGUUUGUUACUGGGCUAGGAAUUUAAUUGGGACAUUUCACUGUGUGUGGGGGGGAGUAGAGAGGAAAUCUGCCCUAGGGUCAGAUUGCUUGCUCUUACUUAAAUCCAUGGUGGUCUUAUCUGAUGAAAGACUGAAACUAGCUUGUGGCCUUUUGUCUCUCUCUUCAAACACAGUGAAGGGAGCGGCACCAGGGUUGGAUAGAGUUUGGGCUAGACCUUUGUCUCCUUGGUAUCUUCUUGAUUGAUUACAGCAUGAGGGGGUGAGGUUUGUGUAAUUUAGGGCCUUGUCAUGUUUAAACUAAACAUGAGUGUGUGUGCAAGACAGGGGAGCGAGUGAUUUGUUGGAGUAAUAGUUCAGCCGUCCUCAGGGACAAAGGAAGUGGGUGUGGAGUGAUAAAGAGCGGGAAACUGAAGAGUGAGAGAUUUAGAGCUAGAAGAGUUGGGGAAAAUUUUAUAUAAUGUGAUGUGAGGAAAACAGAACGUGGUGCCACUCUGCAGACUGGUAUCGGCUUUGUUGAAAACUUUAAUAAAGUCAUUUCUUGAUGCAACAAAAACUCUGUAAGACCUUAUUUGUAAAAAGUAUAGUGGUUAUUUUCCACAACAUUAUUUAUAGAACACUGUAUUGUGAAGUGUGGAGUCAAAAAGGUAAAGAAGCUGGAGUAAUGUAUUGCUUUACAUGAUGUAAAAACAGAAUUAAUAAUAACGAUUACUUUUCUCCAUCAACUUUGUUGUUCUUUGUGUCAAGUGUCUCCAGCAGUAUGUUGAUAUGACCUAAUUACAUUCACUUCAUUCAUUCAUACAAAGCUGGGUGUUGGUUCUAUGUGACCCUACAGUGAUGUCAAUGUUAGAGAAGGAGUAUAAAGCACAAACCUUUAUUAUAUAUAUUAUAUAAUCUAUUAUCAGAAAAUACCUCAAGACCAAAGUCCACUAUCUUUAUCAGUCAAAGCCUGCAAAGCAAUAGAGGGCAACAGGCUCAUUAAAUGUAAAACCCCCCACAGCUUCCUUAAUAGUCUUAGUGGAGGUGGGUUGUAGUGUUCCAAUAGUGGAGUUUGGUCAUUUGUUCCUUCAUGCAGUGAUGUAACUCAUCAAAACAUUUUAUCUCAAUAUUUCUUCCUCAUAUCAGGUUUUGGUGGUACUGUAGACUGCUUUUAUUGAAGCCCUGUCUCCUAUGUAAUAAUUAUUUGUAGAGACAGAACUAGUCUGAAUCACAGACAUUUGUUACAUCAGAAGAGAUGGUGGCAUCUGCUGUUGUCUUUCUUACCAUGGCAAUACUCUCAGGUGAGACCUUAUCUGCUGCACUCAAUAAAAUACAGCCACACAUAGGUUAACCCUAAAACCACGAACAUUGGGUCAAUUUUGAGACCAAGGUGUAAAAAAUGUCAUAAUUUCCAAACCCUUUCUUGAUUCUUCUGAAAUUUUAGGACCAUCUAUUCUGUGUUAAUGUAAUAUAUUCUUGUCCUCUCCCAUGACAGUAGGAAUUGUUCUUCAAUAAAUAGCAGGUUCUUUGUCAAUAGUCAUAGACGUGGUUUCAAUGAUGUUCAUAUCCAUCUCUAAGGCCAUACACAUUAAAUUAAAUGUUUAAUGGAUUGCUGUCAGACCUUGUCCAUAGAUGGCUUACAUGGUAAAGGAUCCAAUAUGUAAUUUUGUAAUUUGGAUGAACUAUCCCCUUCAGGUGGUGACAAAUGCUGCUUAAUAUUUGCUCUCACAAAAUAUAGUUAUUCCACUAGGCACAGUGGCUACCAUAGUGGCUUCAAAAAUGUUCUCGAUAAAAUAAUUAUUUUAUAAGAGCGUUUAAGAACUUAUUUGAAAACGUUCCACUUAUGUCUUUGAUUACAGCAUUUUGUGUUUGUUUUGGAGACAUGAUAAUCAAGCCCUGUUAUUGUUUCCUCAGGAUAUUGUUCUUGUCUAGAAGUGCUUCCACCUGGACCUGUGAAUGGUACAUUGGGAGGAAAUGUGAUUUUCAAAACCACCAUCAAUCCAACCACACUUAGUGCAGUCUCUUGGACAUUUGGUGAUCCCCCUGUCACCAUUGUUGACUUUCUCAGUUCUGAAGGUCCUGUGACCAGAGCGGGAUAUGUUGGUAGGAUCAGUCUGAACAAUAGCACUGGAUCUCUGGAGCUCAGGAAACUGACCCUGGCUGACAGAGGAGAAUACAGAGUGAUCAUAGGGGAGUCUGAUUUUAUGCAGUUGGCAGAUACUUCACUGAAUGUCUAUGGUGAGUACCCCCUGAGUUCCAGAAGACGUCACUGAAUGAUAAAUGUGCAUUGAUAUUGUAUUGAGUUGUCAACUAAUGUGACUAUAAUGUACUUCCAUCCAUAAAAACAAUAUAAAACAAAAAACACAAUGUGCUUGUUGAAAUGCAGUUACUCUAGUCUUUAAUGGUGUAGUUACAAUUUAUUUGAUGGAUAUCUCUUGACACUCAUACAUACAUGAUCCAUGGUCAGAAGCAGACUUAGUGCGAGGGCCAUGGGUGUGACCACCAGGUUUGGGGUCAAUUCCAUUUAGAUUCCAGUCAAUUCAAAAAGUGAACCAAAUUCCAAUUCAAAUUUACAUUUUUACUAAUUGAAAACCAUGGAAGAGAAUUGGAAUUGGAAAUUAAGUGUACUUCCUGAUUUUCCUGGAAUUUAAAUGGAAUUUACCGCAACCCUGGUGACCACCCCAGGGCCCACGCACCUAGGGGCCCCCUGUUCCUGCAUAUAAACAUUUAAUAAACAUUUUCAACGAUGAUGUACCAAAAAACAUUAUUUGACACUGUAAAACAUGGCAAAUGUAUAUAUAGUACAAUAUAUUAUACGAUUUCAUUAAAUCCUGGAAUUGGUCUGAGCUGGUGUUGCUUAUUUUAUAAAGCAAUGUACAGCUGUCUGUCACUGUACCCCCUUGAGGGCCCCCCUGGCCUGGGACUGGCAGCUGCCUGGGCUGGUGGCUGGCUGCUGCUGGGAGAGACCAGGGUCUUUGUCGUAUCGAGUGAGUGGUGGCAAUUAUUGCUGAUGAACAAAAGGAGUCUGCUCAUACUGAACGUUGAUCAUAAGGUUUAUUCAGACCACAAGCUUCAGCAUGAGUGACAGGUGACAUGACACCCGGAGAGUGACGCCUCAGAAUGGCUGCUCGCUCUGCCCUCUCCUUCGUUUUCCCCCCUAUUUAUAAACAAUGAUGCUCCCUCUUCUGGCCAAUCACCAGUCUCCCCUGUCUACAACACACUUCCGGUCUGUUGUAUGUGGCGUUACACCUAAAACAUUCCCUCUUGAUACUAACAUAAACAACAUUCCAUUUCUUCAUGAAAAACAUUUAACACCAUCAUAAUCUUAAUACACUACAUUUCCCCCCUUCGAGACGAACUAAACGUCUCGAAAACAAACAGAAUAGGAUUAUGACUAGUAACAAUUUAUCUUAUUGAGUAUCUUUAACAUUAAACCAAAAACAUUCUCCUCUAGAGUGUAAAUACCUUUCUAUGAAAUAACGGUUUAUGAAGUGUGAAUACAUUACUAUGAAAUAUGAACAAAUCUCUAUGGAGUGUAAGAGCGAAAAACUGUCCGGCAACCUUCCAUCCAUCAAUCAAGACAGUAAAAUUCUCUCACGGUCCCUCUGCCCCAGGCAACCACCUUCGGUACUCCUGAUAAACUCAUUAACCAUGUAAAUGCAUUUGAAACUAUGAUGCAAUUAAAUACACAUGUAAGCCCCUGCAAACAAAAUCCUAUCCAAAAACAUCCAUUGUAAGGCUGGUCAACCCAUUGGACCUUACAGUGAACCUCUCCCUGCCUAGACUUUCAUGUCCCUAAACAUUCACGAAAUAAACAAAAACAUCUAAGAUCCUCACAUGUAUUCAAUAACAUCAAAUAUCCUUCUACAAAAAUUAAUACCUAAGAAUAUGACACAAAUUAUGUAUUAUACAUCAAAUAUGUCUAUAUUUCAUUGCAGACACUGGAAUGUAGUCCACUACACGUCAUCUCCCUGUAGUCUCCUCUUCCAAUGGACUGUUGAUGAUGGAAUCGGCCACACCCUCCUUGUUUCAUCUCCUCCAGUCAUAUUGUCCCUUCAUAUUGUCUUUGUUUGAGUAUUUCAAUCUCCAUAUGUUCCCCCAAAUGCUUCUGAAAGAAAAGGAAAGACCAAACAGUAUCUUUUCCAAAACAACACUUUCAAAUUGAACAUCAAUAUCAACUAAGAAUAUAGAAAUGAUAUAUAAAUGAUGUAUGAAUCACAUAAACCCAUUCCCCCCUUUGAUUCAUAAAUCAUACUACAAAUCACACUAAUAUUGAAAAAAAUUGAAAAAUGAUCAAAUAAUCAAAAAUGAUAUUUAUCCAUUCCAUCUUCAUCCAUAUCAGGAACAGUCAACACCGGCAUCUGAGUGUUGUCUCCAGGCAUCACUCUCCAACCUAUCUCAAUAUCAUAGCUUUCUCAAAGAUCAGUAACAAAUUACAAACAUCACACAGUGUUAUCAAAGCUGCCAUUAAAUGUAACCCAUCCCUGCCCCUACUGGCCUACCUGAUCCUGCAACCAAAUCUUCUCAGAUCUCCCAAACACAUCCCUUAUAUUCUUCAAUGCAUAUAUAACUAUCUGAACUAUCUGGACUCAAAGUAUAACUAUUAUCAUCAAUAGGAUCUUCCCAAAUGUUACACCAUACCAUGGAAAAAAUCCCCCCUUCUCCCUUAGAUUUAUCCUUCAAUGAUAGGCUUGAAGACUAUGACAUGUAGCCAUGUCACCCUUUUAACCCUAGAUUUAGCUGUGUCCGGUGCUAUCCCUCUUAUAAUGGUAAAAACCUUAUAUGGAAGCUUCAACGUUGACAUGUAACAACAUCCUGUCUAUCCGAGUGGCGCAGUGGUCUAAGGCACUGCAGCACAGUGCUAGCUGUGCCACUAGAGAUCCUGGUUCGAAUCCAGGCUCUGUCGUAGCCGGCCGCGACCGGGAGACCCAUGGGGCAGCGCGCAAUUGGCCCAGCGUCGUCCAGGGUAGGGGAGGGAAUGGCCGGCAGGGAUAUAGCUCAGUUGAUAGAGCAUGGUGUUCGCAACGCCAGGGUUGUGGGUUUGUUUCCCACAGGGGGUAUGAAAAAAAAAAAAAAUGUAUGCACUGUAAGUCGCUCUGGAUAAGAGCGUCUGCUAAAUGACUAAAAUGUAAAUGUAAAUGUAUCCAUAGUGUAAGAAUAUAUAUGCUUUAUCACCACAAACCCUCUAAAUAUCUCUAAAAUUCCCCAUAGUCACAUUAUCAGGCAAAAGCUAAUCUUUUAACCAUCAAAGUCCUGCUGUUCUUACUACCUGGUACAUAAAAAUUACAUUAUAUUUGUCCUCUCUAACCUUAUGUUCAUGCUUAUCCAAAGUCAUCAUAUAAUCAUCACAAUCUGAUAUUCCCAUAAACAUACCCCUUACCUCAUAUGUUUUAUUAGAACCAAACAACUUUUAGCCCUCAAUGGUUACAUCUCCAAUACUUCAGUUACGCUGUUACCUGAUUUUCUUUCCAUCUAACAAAUGCACCCAAGUUAAUUCACUUAACCCAAUUACACCUAAACCUAGGCUUAAACAAAUGUUUUGACAACGACAUUAUUUUAUCUGUUACUGAUUGUUGCUGCUACCACAGUCAUGACAACGCAUAAGAUUGACACAUACUUGAUAGAGGUCGAACGACCGUCUCUAACAUGUUUGACUGGAAUUCUCAACAGACAUGGACCCUCAAGAUUCCUCACUGAUCUUACCGAAUGAGCUGACCGCUGGAACCAAAGAUUCCUACCUGGCCAUCUAUCUCUAAUUUUCACAACAGAAGAAUCAAACCACAUGCAUUUAGUUUUUCUCCUCCCUACAUUAAAUCAAAGACCUCAUCCUGUACCUCCAUGAUGAAUCUAUAUUGUUCUCUACUACUAUCUGCUCUCCUAUUUUAACCCUAUUCGUAUUAUCAUUGACAGCACUCUCCAUCCGUAACAUAAACCCCGAGUCCUUCUUGCGACCCCCUUUAAUUUCAGAAAAGUUGUUGUCGGUGUCAUACUCCCUACAUUUGCUAUUGCCAUCGUAUCACUAAUCCCUUCCAAAGUUACCAUUAAAGUAGUUGAUGUAUUAACCUUAAUUAUUUCUAGUGGCAAAGUUACCAAUAUCCUAUGUGUAUUAUUCACUGUUGGAGUGACUACUGUAACAUAUUCUUCCUGAACUCCUUUGGUGACUGUGGAACUUCAACAGAUUUCAAAUCUUCCAUCAUAAGCAUCACUUUACGAAUUACAUAGCCCUUUAACCAAUAAUUCUUAACCGGAACAAAUUUUGCUUGCACUAGAUAAGUACACAUAUAUUCUCCCGGACCUUUCUCUGUAACAUUACGCAACAUAAGUGAACAGUCACUCCUAACCCUCUUCCAAACUAUACCUCCUUUGACUAGGUGCAACAGCUUCUACUCCUGGUCCUGAUAACAAUACUUAUUCUCCAUAAUUAUCUCUCCAUAUGGGAGAGACGUCCCCAUCCUAACCCUAAUAAGUAUUCUUUCCCCUAAAAUUGGUACUGGAGCUAUUGGUUCCCUUAUAAUCAAAUGCGAUAUAUUUAUGGCUUUAAUAACUCUUUAUCAAUGUUGAAAGAGUUAAAUUGCUUCUCACUGUUGUUAUAAUAGACUGAAGUGUUAAUGUCCUUAGUUACUUCUAGUUUUCCCCAAAGAAAAGUUGUCUUUGCUUGUACUUCCAUCUAUCACCACUAGUGUCACUUUUUCCCAACUCUGUCCUUUCUCUAAUCCCUGACUUUCAAACUUUUGAUUAUAACAAAUACACCUACAAUUACCUUGAUCUUCCUACUCUAAAGUGUCAUUCACCAUUGUUCUCUCUCUUACUACUAACUUUGAAACUUAGCUUACUGUCUUAGAGUUCCUUCAACCUAGUUCUCCUAACUUAUUUUAAUCUAAUCUUUUCCUCCUAACCUUUAAAAACAUUUUCCACUGAUUUAUUCACAAAAUCCCUUUACCACCAAAUUUUUAGAAUAUGUGAUUGGGAAAGUUCCCACCUGCUUUUGACUUCUUCACACACAGACUUGGCAAACGUCUAAACACCUUUUAGCCUAGCCUGAAAUCCCUUGGUGUAAGAAUGUAACCCAGAUUCUUUAAAAUCCUCUACCAGAGUGUACAUCCUAUUGUACAGUUCAAUUUACACAAUGCAUCUCUUUCCAAUAAUGCAAUAGGUAUAUGCUCUAAUAUUAGUAUCUUAAGAGUAAUUAACUGUUUACUACCUCAAAUCCCUAUCCUAAUUACUUAAUUUUACAUAGUGAGAUGUUUAGCCUCUUUAGGCUGAACACAGAUAAGUUUUUACACUAUUCACUAUCACUUCUAAUGGUCGGUUUUACUUCAAUUGUUAGCUAUUUUCUCUUCUUCUCUAAUCGAUGCUAUCAACUGGCACCCCCCUUCCGGAUCUUCUAGGCACUCUAGAAUCUUUAGAGUUCACCUGGAGAACAGGUGAUCUUGAAUUGCCCCUGUAUCUUCCUUAAAAAUGUUCUCUGUUUUUCCUCCUGACUUGUUGCACUCACAGGUAAAGUACCCAAUCUGUCCACAAUUAUAACAGUCUUCUGAAAGUUGCUGGAAGUGUAGCUGAAAUCUUCCUCCUCCUUCUAAGUCUUCUCGUCCUCUUCCUCUCCAAUUCUGUGUCUGUCCAGAAACUGGCUGUGGAUAUGGAACAUUUGGUACCCCCCUUGGCUGGUACAAUUGCAUUUGAUAUUGUUCAGUUGAAGCUGUAACAGUGAUUGUUGAUUUGGUUCACUCUGAUUCUUCAUAACCAAAGCUUCUCUUCUCCACCCGUUGUAUGAUUGAGUUUUCUGAGAGCUUCUUCGUCCUGUUCUUUCUUCUUCUCCAAUUCUUGGGAUCCUUUUCUCAGCAGUUUCUCCUCUUCUGUAUCUUCAGCUGUGUUACUUCUAAACUAUUUGCUUUAUCCAGGCAUGAUAAACGUCGGUCUAUAUCUCUAUUUCUUCUUUGCUAGUCAUUGUAGGAUAAAAUCCUCUUGAACAUAAAGCACCUUUAAUCUCCAAAUUUUCAUCGCUUUCUUCAUCUUUGCUUUCAUCAGAGAUCAAAUCUCGUGUAUCCUUCUUCCUUCAACUUCCAUCAGAGAUCAAAUCUCUAGUAUCCUUCUUCUUUCCUCUCUUGCCAACUUCCUUCUGAUCACAGAGUCAUCUCCACCCAUGACCUCUUCAUCAUCACUCAUCUUCAUCAUCCUCAUCUUCUUUAAGUUCCAUCCUCCUUAACCUCCCUCUUCUCUUCCAGACAUCUCAUUUUCUUCCUUCUGGAGUUUUGAUUCAUCUUCAUCGUCGUUUCUGCUUGUCCUCUAUCUAUUAUUCAUCUUCAUCUCUGAUGCAACAAUCACCCUGCUGGAUGAUCACUGAAAGCUGAGGAUAAACAUCCCUAAGCUCUACUUUUUGCUGAAUCCGUAUGUGAGAAAGGUGUACUAACUUCUGCCAUUAGUUUUUCUAACACUACUUUCUAACACUACUUUAGUUAAAGGAUUACUAUUUUUUCCCUAUAUCAAUCGGUGUAAUCACCUUCAUCUAGCCUUGCUGUCCUUUCUCCCCAUUGUAACAACCCUUUUAUAUUCCUUUAUCGUGAAUUAUUUUAUUUUAGACUGUAUAGCCUAUGGCUUCCCCCCUGUAAUUAUUAAUAUAAAACUAACAACUCCAAAAAAAAAAAUAUAUAUAUAUAUUAUUUUUUUUCUCCCAAAAAUCAAAUCAACUAAAAUAUGAAUCUUAAAAAAUUCAAUUAAAUGUCUUAUUCAAAAACCAUUUAAUUAAAAAUUAAAAACCAAUUAAAAACUCAAUUAAAAAUUAUGAAUAAUUUAAAACCAAUGUUUUAUUCCUAUAUCACCAAUUUAUCAAUUAGUGUUGGCUAUCUUACCACAACCCAUCAAAUGCAAGUAAAUGUAAGCUAGUCAACUUCAAAGCAAUCCCCAAAAACAAAGCCUCUAACCCUACCAUUACUCCAAUUCCCAUAACCCCUUGCUCUAUCAGCACCUAAUUAUCUUAAAUUUACAGAAUAAUGUCAGUCCUUGAUUCCCAACACAACUCCAAUCAAACCCCAGUGAUGCACAGAGCCUCCAAAAUGCAAUUUUUAAUGAAUCAUUUGCCAAGCCUAUGUAAAAUUGUCAUAACAUCACAUAUUUUGUUAGGGAUGAUUUUGUGAACUAGCCUGAUAUCUGAUCCUCUGCCUGCGUCACACCUUGUCACGUGACGCACGUCAGUCACACGUUAGCCCCUCCUCUCUCCUGUCGUAUCGUAUUGCUCCUCUCAUAUGACAGAAAAACAGAGACACAGAAACAGCUUUUAGUAGUUAAUGCAAUCACUGAGUUAUUUCAACCAUUCAAUAUUCGUUCGUUCUACAUUCGCUCCAAUAAUUAACUCAGGAAUAAUUAUUGAUCGCUCAAAAACAUUUGUAUUUAAUUUUAAUCCGUCAUUUAAUUCAAUUCAUUAUACUUCGCCAACAUAUAUUUAAUUUAUAAAUUCAAUAGGUCACAAAACAAGUUUCAUCUUUAACCAACCGCCGAUGUAACAACUAGAAUACUCGUGUUAAAAUUUCUCCUCUGUCUGUCUAUUUCUGUCUCCCCCUGCAGCCCACAGAUGGGACCUAUGACCUUUACCCACCAUUUUGUUUUGUAGGCUUAGCACAACCUCAUGUCGUAGUUUUAGCCCCGUAAAAUCAAGCGCAUGCGCACAUCCAUUCAAAAAUACUUUUUCACCCCAAAUAAACGGAUAACAGUCCAGCUGUACCUCCCGUUUCCCCCUCCUAGUCAAACAACAUUUAACAGCGCUCACAAAACAUAUAACCUGACUCACACACACAGAGACAAGUUUAAGAGACUUUAAUCCAUCGCAAUGGGGUCUCUAAGGAUAUCCGUUAGCAUGUAGCACGCAACACAAUUAGCAUUAGCAUUAUCAUUAGCAGCUAUGUAUCAUGUAGCCUGACCCAUACUCUAGCAUUUAGAAUUAGCCUUAGCCUUUAGCUAACUGCGGCCUACUACGCAAAUCAAUAUCCUGCAUUGUGCCCAAAUCAUUAUCCAUCAUUAUCCAUAUCUCCGCCUAACUUUAUGCUGCCUUGAAUGAUGAAUAUCAUAUCGAGAGGUUAUCCCCAACAUAUCUCCCGUCGGCUAUAGAAGGAGUAUAACAUAAAUACAAUCGUUCAAUUCAUGGUUCCCAGAACCAACCUGACCAAGUCUAAUACUUCGCCCGGAUUUGUAGCCCACUCCUGCGAGUCGCCUUGUUUCAAGGUCUUGAACAGAUUCACAAUGCCCUAAAUAUGCAUACGUAUCCCAGCUUUUAUUCACUACCAAUCCAUUGUUCUAGACUUGCUAUUCAAGCAACACAUCUCUAUAAACAAUCCAUAAACUCUAACCACUUUUGCGCUGUUUUUAAAAUUGUAUAAUGAUUAGCCAGACCCCCCAGUCAUCAGCAAAAACGCCACCCGAGGCACUGUCCUAAUGGUACAUUCCUCCAGUGUACAAUCACAUAGCAUCCAAAACUAACAAUCUCCCAAGCUGUGAGGAAAACUCACCCUUUCUGGCACUUCAGACCGAAGUUAGCUUGGUGGCUACGAAUGUUCAAAGGAGGAUUGCAGACCACUCCUGGCAAGCUCGCCAUUUGUCGUAUCGAGUGAGUGGUGGCAAUUAUUGCUGAUGAACAAAAGGAGUCUGCUCAUACUGAACGUUGAUCAUAAGGUUUAUUCAGACCACAAGCUUCAGCAUGAGUGACAGGUGACAUGACACCCGGAGAGUGACGCCUCAGAAUGGCUGCUCGCUCUGCCCUCUCCUUCGUUUUCCCCCCUAUUUAUAAACAAUGAUGCUCCCUCUUCUGGCCAAUCACCAGUCUCCCCUGUCUACAACACACUUCCGGUCUGUUGUAUGUGGCGUUACACCUAAAACAUUCCCUCUUGAUACUAACAUAAACAACAUUCCAUUUCUUCAUGAAAAACAUUUAACACCAUCAUAAUCUUACUACACUACAUCUUCAAAAUUAUUAUUCAUUUAUGUAUUUAUUUAGUAUGUUUUGUUAGUUUAAAACUACUAAUAUUCUACUUCAUACAGCACCAAAACAACAUGAAAAUUAUUUUCCAGAAUACUAUUCUACAAUAAUAUUAAAUGAAAACAGAUUGUUUAGCCAAGCCUUUUCAACGUUCACAGUGAAUUUUUUCAAUCGUCUCACAGCCAAGAGACUAUAGGCCAUUAUUGAACAUGCAGCUACUGUAAUGAAGCAGGCAAUGUAUUAGGAGACAUCAUUUUCAAACAUUUUCCAAAAUGCAAUUAGCGGAAAAACAACAUUCUAAUAGGCAGCUGAUGCCAGCGGUUUCAUGUGACAGAGGUGAAAAUCUCUGUAAAAAAUGCAACAACUAUGUUAGAGAUGCAACUCUGUUAGAGAUGCAACAACUAGGAUGGGUUGUUAAUAUGACUAGACUCUUAGAAAAAAAGUGGCUAUCUAGAACCUAAAAGGGUUCUUCGGCUGUCCCUUAACUUUUUGUGUCAACUUUCUUUCGUUGUCCAGACGCCAAAGGCACAAUACUACACUCUUAGAAAAAGGGUUCCAAAAGGGUUCUACGGCUGUCCCCAUAGGAUAACCCUUUUUGGUUCCAGGUAGAACCCUUUUGGGUUCCAUGUAGAAACUGUUAAAGAACAAGAGAGAAAAGCUGGUUUUAAUGGCAUAUGAGGAAUAUUUAUAAAAUAAUUCCCUAAACGUUUCUAUGGUCGGAUUUUUGCUAUAGGCUACUUUGAAGCAAGGUAAGACAUGCCUCAUAAUAGGCUAUGAAGUAAAACUCUGUUUUCACACGCGAUUGCAUGAAGAAAUGUUGCACAAUGACUGGGAUUAUAAGAACACAUGAUUAAUGAGCUGUGAGCUCUCGCUUCGCUCAAACUAGGCUCUGUAUGCGGUAUGCGGUAGCGCGUCAUAAAUAAGUUACCAAAAGAAAUAACCUACUAACAGCCUAAUUAGCUUUUAUAAUGGGGCAUAUCAGCUAUUCAUUUUAAAAGAUUUGCUAAGGACACCUCGAGAGCGCCCUGCCCCAUCUGUGCUGGUACUCGAGCUCCACGUCUGUCCAUGGUAAUGUAACAUGAACAUAUCUCAUAUUAUUUUUUCCAAACCACAUUUUGUACUCUUUUCACUGAAACAGUAUCUGGUGCUACUAUCACAAUUACCCCAAACCUACUAAUCAUCGAGAGGGGCUCUGUCACCUUAACCUGUGAUGCUGCUGGCUUCAACAUCACCAGAGAGUGGAUGAAGGAUGGUCAGCCUCUGUCUUCUGGUGACAAUAUCAUCUUAUCUGAGGAUAAGAGAGUGCUGUCCAUAAAGAAGAGAACAGACAGUGGAGAAUACCUGUGUAGA